AGCUUGUCAGUAACCUCGUAACAGUUGUGAAGGAAUGGAUAUUUUUGUUGCGAAAAUUUUAAGAGCCAAACACUCCACCAUCAAACUUUACGACCGCUUGAGAAUGGAUUUUUUUGGCUUAUUAGAAAAAGGCACCUUUCUUUUCCUGUUCAUCCCACACAUGACAAUUCAAAGACAUGAAAGUGGAGAUAAGAGCCAACAGCCACAUAGACAUAGUACUAGAUUUUAUAAUACGAACGACUACGAGAAGUGUUCUCUCAUCAUCAGCCGGUUCAGACAGUCCCCAAGAAACCAGCUAUGAAACUGCAUAGAAGCCCAAAUUUAUGCAUUUGAAUGAAAAAACAGAGCCAAUUACCUUACUUUCUUUUUUUUUUUUAAUUAAGAUGAACCAUCCGGAGGUUUUUUCUGCCGAUAAACCUGUUAGCAAGUCUUGAGACUGUCCCAAAGUCAAUCAGCGUUAUGGCCAGUCUUAGAGACUUCUGGUUUAAAAAAUUCAUUAUUUAAAUGCAAUUUCACUAUCCAUGAGCUAUAAAAUUUUUCUAUAAACAAGAAUUGGGAGAGAAGGAAAAGAAGGUGAUUGGUUAUAGUCAGGUCAUAGAUGUUUCUUUUUAAGUCUUUUAAUCCAAUCAGAUUUCAUUCUACUUCCUGUUUCCUUUCCUGCUCGCGGCUCGGCCUUACUUAUUUUUGGUUAUACUAGAACUAAGAAUACAGUAUUCUUACGGCAAUUGACUUGAUUGUUGGCAGCCUUAUUUAAACCCACCUUUGAGCUUAAACUGUGAGCCUAACGCAAAAGGUUCAAUAAAAUAUGGCCCUCAAAAAGUAUUUGUCAUGUAAAAAUAUCCUCCCCAACUGCUUCAAACCCAAGGAUCCAUCCUCAGGGCCUAAAGUUCAUGCUUCCAAACAAAGUCCUAGCCGAAGGCUAUCACUCUCUGAUAUUAGCCACCAUGGUUCUCCACUGUCACUAAGCGAUCUGUCAAAUUCUCUUAUAAGCGUUCAUAUUUUUACCCUCAAGGAGCUAGAAGUGAUAACGCACAAGUUUUCCAUGAGUAAUUAUCUUGGUGAGGGUGGGUUCGGACCUGUAUACAAGGGGUUCAUUGAUGACAAACUCAGGCCUGACCUGAAGGCUCAAGCUGUUGCUGUUAAGGUCCUUGAUUUGGAUGGCACUCAGGGGCACAGGGAAUGGCUGGCUGAAGUUAUUUUCCUGGGGCAAUUAAAGCACCCCCACCUGGUGAACUUAGUAGGAUAUUGCUACGAGGAGGAGCACAGGCUGCUGGUGUAUGAAUACAUGGCCCGUGGCAACUUAGAAGACCAACUGUUUAAAAGAUAUGGUCCACCAUUGCCUUGGCUAACAAGGUUGAAAAUUGCGGUUGGAACAUCAAAAGGCCUAGCUUUCCUUCAUGAAGAAGAGAAGCCAGUCAUAUACAGGGAUUUCAAAACUUCAAACAUCUUAUUAGACUUGGCUUACAACGCAAAGGUCUCUGAUUUUGGGUUGGCGACAGACGGUCCAGAGGGAGAAGAAACUCAUGUUACUACUUGCGUCAUGGGCACGGAAGGCUACGCGGCUCCUGAAUACAUAACGACUGGGCAUUUGACGACUAUGAGCGAUGUGUUCAGCUUCGGAGUAGUACUUUUAGAGCUGCUGACAGGCAGGCGAUCUGUGGACAAGAGCCGACCUGGUCGAGAGAAGAACCUUGUGCAAUGGGCACGGCCUCUUUUGAAGGAUCCUUACAAACUUGAUGGAAUAAUGGACCCAAGACUUGAAGGACAGUAUUCAACUGAGGGGGCUAGGAAGGCUGCUGCAUUAGCUUAUCAGUGUCUGAGCAGCCACCCCAAAUCUAGACCAACUAUGAGCAAUGUGGUCAAGGCCUUAGAGCCUCUCUUUGACUUAACUGACAUCCCAACUGGACCCUUUGUAUACAUAGUUCCAACUCAAGCCUAUAACGAGCCUAUCGUGCAGAAGAUUGAAGAAAAAGAGGAAAAGCAAUGUGACGAGAUAAAAAUUGAAAAAAACGGUGGAGAGAAGGAAGAAAAGAUGGAGAAAAGCCGAGUACCGCGCCAAAAAGGUCGAAGGCGUAGACGUCAGGUUAAGCCAUCAAGGUCUCGGGCUGUCUAUUCGGACACUGAUUUGUAUAAAACGCUGGGAUCUAGUUUGUACUCUCCCAAGCACCAAAGAUAAUUAAGGCAAACAAGCAUACUUGUAAUCAGACUGCACAUUGAGGUUUCCAUUUUGUUUGUUGUUGGACUUAUUGUGUUUUGCCAUAGGGUCCUGAUCCAAUUUUUCCAGUGUUUCCAUAGCUUAUCCUAUGAAAGAAAGGCAUGGCUGUUUCUGCUUUGAAAACACAUGCCUUCGGUUUGUUCUCAUCCCCUUUGCCAGAAACAUCGAUCAGCCUAUGCUGUGGGCCAAAGAUAAAGGCUUGACGACAGAUUAUUUACGAUUCAUGCAUGUUAAUGUACAAUGUUCUAAAAUUUUUCACAAUAACU